AUGCACCUCUGUGCGGGGGAGGGGCUGCUGACCGGGACGGACCCUGAGGGGCAGCAGAGGCAGCUGAAGAAGCAGCAGAAGAACCGGGCAUCUGCCCAGCGCAGCCGGAGGAAGCACACGGACAAGGCAGAUGCCCUGCACCAGCAGCACGAGUCCCUGGAGAGACACAACCGCGCUCUGCGGAAGGAGAUCCAGGACCUGCGGGAGGAGCUGGAGUGGUUGGGUCGGACCCUGCACAUGCACGAGCGCCUGUGCCUGAUGGGCAGUGCCUCCUGCUCGGCUCCUCUGCCCCCUGGCUGCUGGGGCCAGGCCGGGCGGCCCCUGGGCCCCGAGCUGCACAGGCAGCACGGCUGCCAGGAGUUUGUGCUCCAGCCCCCAGUCUCCUCUCCCCCGGCUCAGCAACUCUCUCCACACCCGCAGCCUGGGGGCUCCCCUGGCCCCCUCCUGUCCCCUCCGCCCUGGCUGUCCCCGAGCCCCAGCCCACUGGCGCCUUCCUCCAAGCUCAAAGCGCCCCCGCCCCACUCAUCAGCCCAACCGGCCCCCCACCAGCCCCCUGGGCCGGAGCACCUUGGCAGGGGGAAGCUGGUGCCCUCUCCGCUCAGGCCCUCGGCUGCUCUGGGGCUGGCCUGUCUGCAGGACACGGAGCACAAGCCUGCUUUCUCGGCAGCAGAACAGCCCGGGCUCCACGCCUUCCCCCUGCUCUCCUCCGCUCAAGUCCACUUCUGA